GCCGCCUUGAGAAGCAUCGGGUCGACCCGUUAAUUGGGUGAUGCAUGAUUUCGACCAUUGAUGGGUCCCAUGCCGAUGAGCUCAUUGGUCUGUGUUCGGGCAACAGAGAUUAAUGACUGAGGAAAGUUGAUUCUUCUUUUCCCUUCUCUUUUCUCUCCUCCUCGUCGAUUUCCCGAAAGAGAGGAAAAACGAAUUCCCGGCUCCCUCACAACGGGAGGAAAGAAAACGCUGUAAAAUUUUGUUCAAGAUGACGUCAGAUUAUGCUUUAAAACAUGCAGCGGAGCUUGAAUCAGCUUCGCGGUUGAGGGCUGCUCAAUUCUUGGUAACCAAACGGCCCUGGCUUGAUCUUUAUGGGGUUAAUGUUAGACCUGUUGCUCCUUUCGGUAGUUUGAGUGGGAAAUCAGUUGUUGAGACAGCACUUAUACACCGCAGCCUUCCUGAUGAGUUGCUUUUCGAGAUAUUUUCAAAGAUGACCCCGUAUGCCCUAGGAAGGGCAGCCUGUGUUUGUCGAAAAUGGAGAUAUACCAUUCGUAAUCCUGUGUUUUGGCGCAAUGCAUGCUUAAGGGCUUGGCAGCUCAAUGGAGUGGCAGAAAAUUAUAAGGUUCUGCAGUCGAAGUAUUAUGGUUCAUGGAGGAAAAUGUGGCUUUUCAGACCAAGACUUCGAACUGAUGGUCUUUACGUCAGUCGGAAUACCUACAUUCGUGCUGGAGUUGCAGAGUGGAAGACCACUAAUCCUGUUCAUAUUGUUUGCUACUUCCGGUACUUGCGGUUUUAUCCAUCUGGAAGGUUUCUCUAUAAGAAUUCGUCUCAAAAAAUAAAAGAUGUGGUGAAAUUCAUGAAUUUCCGCGCCUCAAAAACUGAUUGUGUCUUUAGCGGACAGUACACGCUUUCUGAGGACAAGGUUGAAGCUGCUCUUUUGUAUCCUGGUUUACGUCCAACUGUGUUAAGAAUACGCCUGAGGUUAAGGGGCACAACAGCAGGGGCCAACAAUAGAAUGGAUCUCAUUUCACUUGUUACAAGUGGUGUGAAUGACGCUGAGGCUAGUGGUCCUGAUGAAGAUAUUCUGGGAGUAGUUGAAGGGUGGCAGGAGGAUGAAACACAUAACCCUGAUGUCCCUGCAGUUUCACACAAGAGGGGCCUAACACCUUUUGUCUUCGUCCCAUUUGAUGAAGUUGAAACUUCGGUACUGAAUCUGCCUGUGGAGAAGAUGGAUUAUUUUGUACCUGGUUGAUUGGGGCACAGCAUGGAGAACCCAAAUAUGUUUGUAAAUAGAAACUAUUCAUUUUAUUGUUUGUUGAAAUACUUAAAUGGACUUAUGGUGUUAAGUUCACUAUGUGCCCUGAAGAACUGUAUUGUAUCGCUCAGUUUUCCAACCAUCAUAUGUGAGAUUAUCCUAAGAUGUAUAGGAAGUCAAUGUAUGAAUAAGCUGUUCUUCAA